GUUGAAGUGACUUCUUUUAGGAUUUUAUUUUCCUUGAUCGUUUUAGAAUGCUAAUUAGGCUGCCAUUGGGUGGAGUGUAUUUUUUUAGCAGGAAAAUUCAAUUUCCAUAAACCCAAAUUAUCAUAUGAUAACAAAGAUGAGAAUAAAUUAAAAUUAGAAUGGUGGACUUAUUAUAAUCCUACCCACCGUUUACUUCUAAUUGGCCCAGUGUAUUUUAUGCAUGACCAACAAAUUUUAAUCUCAAAAAAAAAAAAAUUCUACAAAUUCAAUUUUUAAUGUUUUAAGCAAGCAAGCAAAAACCCCACCUGUCUUUGCAAAUGAGAAACCUCUUUCUCCUACUUUUCUCAAUGAAUAUAACUCUAACAUCACUUCUCUUCUUGAUACUUUUUUCUCUGCCAAUAAAAUUAUUGGCCUUAACUCAAGCUGAAGACCAGUUCAUCUAUCAUGGCUUCGGUGGAACAAAUCUUCAUCUCAAUGGGAGCGCAAAAAUUCAUCAUAAUGGUCUUUUGCAGCUGACCACCACUUCCAACCAACAAAUUGGCAAUGCUUUCUACCAAUUUCCUCUGAAAUUUAACACAUCCUCAUCCAGCUUGACUCGGUCUCUUUCAUUUUCCACCACUUUGGUCUUUGCCAUUAUUCCAAAUUUGCCAAAUGAUGGUGGCCAUGGCAUGGCCUUCACCAUCUCCCCAUCCAUGGACUUCUCACACGCCAUGCAUACAGAGUUUUUGGGACUCUUAAAUACUUCUAACAACGGCCAGUCUUCAAACCAUCUCUUGGCAGUUGAGUUUGAUACCGUUCAGAGUCUUGAUGUUGCAGAUAUAGAUGGGAACCAUGUGGGAAUUGAUGUAAACAGCCUAAAAUCUAAUGUUUCGACUCCUGUGACAUAUAUUUCCAAUAGUACAAAAGGGGUAAAACAGAGCUUGGAGCUCGUGAGUGGGAAUGCAAUACAAGUUUGGAUAGAUUAUGAUGAAGUGGAAAAGCUACUCAACAUAACAUUAGCUCCUAUCAAAACUCCAAAACCAAUUCGACCACUCUUGUCAACAGCCCUCGAUCUUUCUCUAGUUCUCCUGGACAGCAUGUAUGUUUGUUUCUCUGCAGCAACAGGAUCAUCUGCUACAAGCAACCACUAUGUUCUUGGGUGGAGCUUCAACAGGAAAGGGCAAGCACAAGAAUUAGAACUCUCAAAGCUUCCUUCAUUUCCAAGACACAGAAAAUCAAGGGUGAAAAUAGGUCUAUAUGUUACAGUCUCACUAAUAACAGUAUCAAUGGUGCUGAUCUUCAUCGCGAUCACCUGGACAGUUUAUGUUACAAGGAGGAAAAGAUAUGAAGAAUUACGUGAAGAUUGGGAACAGGAAUAUGGACCUCAAAGAUUUUCCUAUGAGGAUUUGCACAAAGCAACAAAUGGUUUCAAAGACAGAGAGCUUCUUGGAGCAGGAGGUUUUGGAAAGGUUUACAGAGGAGUACUCCCAUCUUCCAGCAAAGAAAUCGCGGUAAAGAAAGUCUCCCACGGAUCAAUACAAGGGAUGAAGGAAUUUGUUUCUGAAAUUGCUAGCAUGGGAAGGCUAAGGCACAGGAACUUGGUGCAGCUCCUUGGUUAUUGCCGAAGAAGAGGAGAGCUGCUCUUAGUCUAUGAUUAUAUGCCCAAUGAAAGCCUUGACAAGUUUUUAUUCAGCAAUGAAAAACCAAACCUUGAUUGGGCUCAACGUUAUCAAAUCAUCAAAGGGGUAGCAUCCGCCCUUCUAUAUCUGCAUGAAGAGUGGGAACAAGUUGUUAUACAUAGAGAUGUGAAGGCCAGUAAUGUUCUUUUGGAUGCUGAUCUAAAUGGAAGACUUGGAGAUUUCGGGCUAGCUAGAUUGUGUGAUCAUGGAGCUAACCCUCAAAUCACUGAUGUCGUUGGAACUGUUGGGUAUAUUGCACCAGAGCUUACUAGAACAGGCCAGGCGACUACUUUCACCGAUGUUUUUGCUUUUGGGGCAUUUAUGCUUGAAGUUGCAUGUGGAAGGAGGCCUGUAGAGCCACAACGAUUGCCUCGAGAGAGAAUUUUGGUUGAUUGGGUUUUUGAGAGAUGGAAACAAAGAGCUAUUCUUGAAACCAUUGACCCGAGAUUGGGAGGUGAUUAUGCGGUAGAGGAAAUGGAGUUCAUCUUGAAGGUAGGUCUGCUCUUCUCACAUUCUAAUCCAGUGGCUAGGCCUAGCAUGAGGCAAGUGAUACAAUAUUUGAAUGGAGAUGUCUUUCCGGAGAUACUACUUGAACGUGCAGAGAUUGGAAUGGUAAUACUUGGUCAUGGAGCAACUGCUGAUUUUGUAAUGUCUACUUUUUCUUUGUCCAGCAACGAGUCAAUCCUAAUAAGGGGUCGUUAGAUUGGAUAAUUUUCAUGCCUUGCAUAUAUAUAUAUAUAUAUAUAUAUAUAUAUAUAUGCUAGUUUGUGGCUGUAAAUUCAUUUUACUCAGAAUUAUGGAUGUGGAUUGUCUGUAAUAUUGCAUUAACACUUAUAGAUUAUCAUCAUGCCUCACUCUUCUUAUACUAUCAUCUAUAUAUUUCUCAGUGG